AUGAGUGAUGACCUACCGCAGGACAUCCGAAAGAUCAUUGCAGCACAGUCCGAUUCUACUAAUCUGCCAAAGUCGCUCAUCCUGCCCGUUCUGCCAAAAAUCGCAGCUUCUUCUGCCAGAAGUGGUGCCGUUGCUAAAGUGAAAGCGGAAAGCUUGUCUUCUUCUACUUCAGAGCUUUCAACACUUCCUCGUCUUACUGAUGGUAUUGAGAAUAUGGGUCUGAUUACCCCCUCGCGCACUAAGCCGAUUCUCGUAACUGGGAACUAUGAGUUGAAACACACCAUUAUUCCGGACCACGCGCUCCUUGGCUCGGCCAGGUCUACCGCCCGUGACAAUGGCGGCGGAAGUAUUGGAGCUGACGAGUUCGCAACAAAGAACGAUUUUGAUAAGACUUUUGUCAUCCGAAAAGAAAAGCCUAUAUCUGAGGAUUCCAUCUCGCAAGUUGAUCUCAAGUUCGCCACUAUUCCAAACUCUCUUCCAGGUGUGUCAUCUUGCCAAGGGCAUUAUGUUCUAUAG